CUCUGUUUCUUCCCGGACCAAAAUGGCGGCGAUUGAGGGGCGGGCGCUGUGUGGUUGGGAACAGGCCUGCUUCUCUCCCGGCCCGGGUUUUUAAUAGGUUUAGAGCCCUGGCAUUAACAAGGGGCUUUUAUGCACAGUUGUGAUUUUUAGUAAGCACAUUUGGGAAGGCAGAAUGACAUCAAUUAUCAAGCUAACCACCCUUUCAGGGGUGCAGGAGGAAUCAGCUCUCUGUUAUUUACUUCAAGUAGAUGAGUUUCGCUUUCUAUUGGAUUGCGGAUGGGAUGAAAAUUUUUCUAUGGACAUCAUUGAUUCUUUGAGAAAACAUGUUCAUCAGGUUGAUGCAGUACUUCUGUCACAUCCAGAUCCUUUACAUUUGGGUGCACUUCCAUACGCAGUAGGAAAAAUGGGUUUGAAUUGUGCUAUUUAUGCAACUAUUCCAGUGUAUAAAAUGGGCCAGAUGUUCAUGUAUGAUCUCUACCAGUCACGGCACAAUACAGAAGACUUCACGUUGUUUACCCUGGAUGAUGUGGAUGCAGCUUUCGAUAAAAUACAACAACUGAAAUUUUCUCAGAUUGUCAAUUUGAAAGGUAAAGGACAUGGUUUGUCUAUCACACCAUUACCAGCAGGCCAUAUGAUAGGAGGCACCAUUUGGAAGAUAGUUAAAGAUGGAGAAGAAGAAAUAGUUUAUGCAGUUGAUUUCAACCACAAGAGGGAAAUCCAUCUGAAUGGAUGUUCCCUGGAAAUGUUAAGUAGACCUUCCUUGCUUAUCACGGAUUCCUUUAAUGCUACCUAUGUACAACCGAGGCGGAAGCAAAGAGAUGAACAACUGCUGACAAAUGUCUUGGAAACACUUAGAGGUGAUGGGAAUGUCUUAAUAGCUGUUGAUACUGCAGGCAGAGUUUUGGAACUUGCCCAGCUGCUUGAUCAAAUAUGGAGGACAAAAGAUGCCGGCUUAGGUGUCUACUCUUUAGCACUUUUAAAUAAUGUCAGCUACAACGUUGUGGAGUUUUCAAAAUCACAGGUGGAAUGGAUGAGUGACAAGCUGAUGAGAUGCUUUGAAGAUAAGAGGAACAAUCCUUUCCAGUUUCGUCAUCUCUCUCUGUGUCAUGGACUUUCAGAUUUGGCUCGAGUUCCUAGUCCCAAAGUUGUCCUUGCCAGCCAACCAGAUUUGGACUGUGGGUUUUCAAGGGAUCUCUUUAUACAGUGGUGUCAGGACCCUAAAAACUCUAUCAUUUUGACCUAUAGAACAACUCCUGGGACACUGGCACGAUUUCUUAUAGAUAACUCCUCUGAAAAGGUUAUUGACAUGGAGUUGAGGAAAAGGGUUAAACUGGAAGGAAAGGAACUUGAAGAAUACCUGGAGAAAGAGAAACUUAAAAAAGAAGCAGCUAAAAAGUUGGAACAGUCAAAAGAAGCGGAUAUUGAUUCCAGUGAUGAAAGUGAUGCAGAAGAGGAUAUCGAUCAGCCAUCGGUUCAUAAAACUAAACACGACCUGAUGAUGAAAGGAGAAGGAAACCGGAAAGGAAGCUUCUUCAAACAGGCCAAAAAAGCAUAUCCUAUGUUUCCAGCUCCAGAAGAGAGAAUUAAAUGGGAUGAAUAUGGAGAAAUUAUCAAACCUGAAGAUUUCCUUGUUCCAGAACUGCAGGCAACAGAGGAAGAAAAAAACAAAUUAGAAUCAGGGCUUACCAAUGGAGAAGAACCUAUGGACCAGGAUUUAUCCGAUGUUCCUACUAAAUGCGUUUCCACAACAGAAUCAAUGGAAAUAAAAGCUCGGGUUACAUAUAUCGAUUAUGAAGGUCGGUCAGAUGGAGACUCCAUUAAAAAAAUCAUUAAUCAAAUGAAGCCGCGGCAAUUGGUCAUUGUCCAUGGGCCACCUGAAGCCAGUCAGGAUCUGGCGGAGUCCUGUCGAGCUUUUGGUGGAAAGGAUAUUAAAGUUUACGUGCCCAAACUUCAUGAAACAGUUGAUGCAACCAGCGAGACUCACAUAUACCAGGUUAGGUUAAAAGAUUCUCUCGUCAGUUCCCUUCAGUUUUGUAAAGCGAAAGAUGCUGAACUGGCAUGGAUAGAUGGAGUCUUGGACAUGCGGGUAUCCAAAGUGGACACUGGGGUGAUUUUGGAAGAAGGGGAACUAAGGGAUGAUGGCGAAGACACAGAAAUGCAAGUGGAGACUUCCUCUUCUGAAACCAGUACUGUAGCACAGCAGAAGGCCAUCAAGAGUCUCUUUGGAGAUGACGACAAAGAAAUAUGUGAGGAGAGUGAGAUCAUUCCUACUUUGGAGCCCUUGCCUCCCAACGAGGUUCCUGGCCAUCAAUCUGUCUUCAUGAAUGAGCCCAGGUUGUCUGACUUUAAGCAGGUUCUUCUUCGAGAAGGAAUUCAAGCUGAAUUUGUAGGAGGGGUCCUUGUAUGUAAUAACUUAGUGGCUGUUCGCAGGACUGAAACGGGUCGGAUUGGAUUGGAAGGCUGUCUCUGUGAAGACUUCUAUAAAAUUAGGGAUCUUUUAUAUGAACAGUAUGCCAUUGUCUGAAGGAGAACUGUAAAUAUGAUACAUAAGGACAUUAUAUUUUUGUGGAAAUGCUUCAGCACAUGUGUAUAAGGACCUAUAGUAGCCUUUACAAAAAGUUUCCAAUGGCAGACCUCAGCGAUGGAACAUGCUAGAGAUAAAGAGCCUCUACAGAAACGUUCUGUAUAUUUUGCCAAUUUUAUUUUUCAGAUCAAUUUUUUUGUUAGAGGGGAGUUGUUUCAUAGCAUUUUACAUGUAGAUUUUUGCAUUUGGUUUUUUUUGCGGGGGAGGAGGUGGAGAAAGCUGUUCUUUUUUGGAUUUGGUCUAAGUUGCAGUUGGUUUCUGCUAAACUUGAGUUAGGUUGAUCAAUUGUUAAACUACCCCAUUGAUGUCAAUACAUCAGGCUAAGUCUGGUUCCAGCCUUUCAAGGUUAUGUUUAAAAAAGCAAACUGUGUAUUUGUCAAAAACAGUUUUCUAAUUAAAAUAAUAUUCUUCUGUCCUUGGUUUUGUGGGGAAUUUACAGUCCUGGUUUGGUAAAAUCAGACUUGAUACAAUUUAGAUGACCUCAGUUUUGUGAUCAUAUGGUAUUAAUUAGCAUACAUCCAGGUUUUAAAGUCUAGGUUGUAGAUAACUAUCAGUGUGUCAUCUUUAAGUGUUUUGGAUAAUCAAAACAAUUUUUACUAAACUGGAUAGACACAUAAAAUUAUAAAGGUGCCCAAAGGAAAUGUGCAAAUGAAGAAGUGCUCUCUUUUGAACUGAAUGUAAUGUGGGGACUUUCUGUAAAUAAGCUGCACAAAUUUUAGCUAUUACCUGGAAAAUAUUUCUCUAUCAGUUCAGAAUUAUAUAUAAGUCUAGCUUCCUUAAGUAGUUGCCGCUGGUAGUUAUUUUGUGGCUUUUUCUUUAGUAACUCCAAGGAGAGUGAACUAAAAUCAAAGUAUUAUGAUUACUAGGUAUGUUUUCUCAUAAAACAAUGUUAAUAGACAGCAUCUAAUCCUGGGAUUACCUUGAAAACCCCUUUCUAUCAGGAAAACUGGAAAUAGGUUUCCACAUUCCCUCUCCAGCCUCAUCUCUCAAACCUAGUUACAGAGUUGGAAAACCUUUGGGAACAGGAUAUCUGUUACAUUAGGUGAAUAGUGAUGAACAUCCCAUGUGUAUGGAUUUAAGCCAUUGAUUUUACUUUUAGUUAUGAAGUCCUUGCUAUUAAUCACAGCUGUGUUUUUUUUACAUGAAAGGAAACUGAAAAUGGCACAAAAAUAACAUUAGAGGACUAAAAUUUAUACAAUAAUUUAUCUCAUCUUUUAAAUAGACAUUGAAGGGCAGCACCAUUAUUUCUAAAGUAUUUCAUAGAUAUAACAACUGCCCUACUGCUGAUAAAAAUGCUUUAUAUUUAGAAAACAUCUAUUUUAAUUAGAAUAGCAAAAGUGUAAUUUGAUUAAAGUGACAAGCUUAGGCAGAAUAAUAAUAAUAAUAAUCAUCAUCAUCAUCAUCAUCAUCUUUAUUUGUAUUCUGCCCCCUCUGCCCAAAGGGACUCGGGGCAGCUUACAACAACAAAUGAAUGCAGUAAAUAAUAUAACACAGACAAUAUUCACAUAUCACUUAAUACAACAAAAUAACACAAUAGUAUAAACAUGAGUAAAACGAGUUUCAAAGCUAUUUUGCCUUCUAAAAACAGUAGAAAUAUAAGCGCCGUUUAAAACCAGCUAAUUCCUACCAUCUAGAUAUCCAGGAUUGUGGGUUAUAUUUCCAACAGAAAUUCUUUUUACAUUUUAUUAGAGUUCAUUUGCAAUGGUUGUUAUUACUUGCUAUUACGGCUGGUUUCGACUUGGAGCAAAACUCUAUGAGCAAGAAACCUUUAAGAGCCCUAGUCUUCAACAGUCCUGCCUAAGUCUUUCAAACUCAGGGUUGUGGCUUCCUGAUUGAAUCAAUCCAUCUGUAAAGUGAUCUUCUCUUUUUCCUUCUGCAUUUCAUUUUAUCCAGCAUUCUUGUCUUUUAUAUCAAGUUAUGUAGCCUCAGGAUGUGUCCAAAGCCUCAGUUUAGUUAUUUUGGCCUCUAUGGAAAGCUCAGGCUUAAUUUGCUUUCAGGCUCAUUUAUUUGUCUUGUUGGCAGCUCAUGGUAUCUGUAAAAAUCCAGCUGCAUAUUCAAAAUUAGUUAUUUAUUUCCUAUCUGGCUUUCACAAACAUGGUACAUACAAAUCACGAAUACCAGGGCAUGGAUUAUUCUGACUUAGUAUUAAAUUAUAUAAUAUCCUAGAGGAACUUGCCUAACUCUUCCAUAGCUGCUCUUCCAGGUUCUGGUCAUCUUCUGAUUUUUUUUUCAUAUUCUGCUUGAUGAUUGAGCAAAAUAUUGGAAAUCUAUUUCAAUAUCUUCAUCACUGAUUUUUAAGUUAUGAUAUUAUUUUUGUUUUGUUACUAUUCAGUGGUAACCUUGAUUGGGUAGUUUUUUAAACUUUUGUUAGUAGUUAUCCAAGUAUUUGUUAUUUUCUGCUUUAUAAUAGAUGUGCUUACAGUAGAGUUCCGGUUAUUCGACAUAAACGGGCAGGCCAAAUGUCGAAUAACCAGAACUGACGGAUAAUAGGAAGGCCCUAUUAUCCCUCCCGGCAAGCCAGUUUGGGGAAGCACCCCGUGCACGCUGCUGUCUAGCAACAUGCAUGGGGUGCCUCCCAAGGCGCGAGUGUUCGCUGGAGAGACAGGGCUCGUUCCUGCGGCGAGCACUCAACUUAAGGAAGCCCCCCAUGCGCGCUGCUGUCUAGCAAUGUGCAUGGGGCAUCUCCAAAGGGCCUGGCACCUCGGAUAAUACGGAUGGUUGGAUAACCAGAAGUCGGUUAACCGGAACUCUACUGUACUUAUAUAGUUCUAUCUUACUUGAUAUUUUUUGAUGUUUCUUCAGUUUUGAUACCUCUUUCCUCAAAUCUAAUCAUUCUGUUAUGCUCUGCAUAUAAAUUAUACACAUAGGGUAAUUAAAAUGCAGUUUUAUCUGA